UAAAAUAAAAGAAAGACUCAUGAGCAAAAAAAUGCUUCGUGAGUUUCAAAUUCGUCUAUAGUCCAUACUAUAAGAAACCCAUUAGCUACCCCACCACCAUGAUCGUGAUCAUGAUCUUGAUCUUGAUCAUGAUCCAGUGUCCAAUGCGUUAAGUGUGCAAAAAGCUCAAUCAAAUGGGGGGCUAUGAUAGUCAAAAUAGUCAAAGUUUUGUCCGCAAAAUUUGCAUACUUUUAUUCGAAAAGACACUAGAAUGAAUAAUAUGAUAGACCCCAUGGUGUCACUUCUUACCCAAACCACCAAUUAUGCAGAAACUCAUGUUUUGCACUUUAACAAAAAAGCAUCACUAAAACAUUACUCAAACACUACUAUUAGAGAUUUAUAGCCUUAAAAAAAUAAUAAAAAGAAAAUAACUAAAGAAGAUGCUUUAUGUCCAAAGCACACAUUGAACUUGAAAUCACCCUCAAGAAAAAGACCUUGGACCACCACUUUCUUCUCCUUGAAGCCUCAUACGUCAUCUUCAAUAAUAAAAUUAAAAAAUUAAAAAAAAAAAAUUGCAAUAUAUAAAGCCAAAAUCUCAACUACCAAGUUCUCUGAACCAAAAAAAAAAUAAGAAGAAGAAAUUAGAAAUGGGUUCAACAGCUCCAAUAGCAAUAGGUACUAGAGGCACUGUAGGAUCACUUGUGAGGAAGGAAAUUGAGUAUUUCACCAAGCUUGAGGUAGACCGCCAUGGAAAUUCACGCAAGCCCAGAGGACCCCAGAUUCUAGAUAUGGCUUCUACUACUAAUUCUAAGCGUGGUAACAACUCUUGGCCAAGUUUCAAGUUCUUGAUGAUUAUGAGUUGGAAGAGAAGAAAACAGAGAAGCCCUUCUCGGAGUUUCAUUCCUAGUUUAUGUUCUGCUUCAGAAGUUGAUGAAAGAAAUCGGUUCAACUUGAAUGGACCUCCUGCUUUCAGUUACAGGAUUCUUAGAGAUGACUUAAGAAGCUUUGACCUUUAGAAUAUGGUCUUAUAUAUAAAUAUAUAUAUAUGCUACUACUACUCAGAGAGCUGAAGAUCAUUGACUCUUUAUGAUCUCUCUCUCUUCUUCUUCUUCUUGUUUGAGUCUUUCUUUUCAGUUUUUUUUCUUCUCUCAAGAUGGUUCAAUGGCAAUUUAGAAGAUUUGGUCUUAAGAGAGAUUUAUCUAUGUCAUUUCUAGCCACAACGUACUCAAAUUGGUUCUUUGUCUAUGAACUUGUUAAUGUUAUGUACAUUUUCAUUAAGCUUUGUUAAAAACAAAAAGAAGAAAUAAAAAACAAAAGGUUAUUCUAUCA